GGACGGCCCGGUUCAUCCUUUCAAAACACCAUCUUGUGGUAACGCCUUCUGAGAAAUAAAUGAGACAGUUACGGUACUGUACAUCGUACCGUCCCACCCCGAUUUCAUUCUUCCGCUUUGAUUGAUUGGUUAACCGAUUGAUUGAUUGAUUUGAGGCUUGCCCUGCACUUCCAUACCGCAACAGUGCCUGCUUGCAUUCCAAUAACUGUACCCAACACGACAAAUAACUGCCCCCCGGAAAUAUAAUCAUUUUCGAUCGAUCUGUGUGAGGGAAUUCCAACAGCACGUGUUCAGUGCAAAGCUCUGCCGCGAUCCCAACCAAACGAAACGCACGCAACACUUCACAACACAGCCCAAACGAAAUGGCAGCCACCAGCCUGGGCGUCGCGUCGCCUGCCGCGGAGGCACCGAGCGAGGAUUGCGGCCGGAGCAUGGGCGUCGGGGGGAUCAGCGAGGGGAUCCACCGGGUGGGCCUCGCGGCGGCGGUGGCAAACGCGAACGCGAAUGCCAAAGCGAGCACGAAUGCAAACGCCAGCGGAGCCGCCCGUGCCACCCCGGGCCCGGCCCGGGGGGCCUCCCCGUCGUCGGGGAUGGGCUCCUCUGCCCCGCAGCGGCUGCCCCCGCCCCCGACCACCACCGCGGGCCUCCCGAGAUCGCACCCGUAUUCCGGGAGCGCCUACGGGGGACUUGCCAGGGGCAGCGGCAUUCCCGGCCGGGGGGGUUCCUCCGGGGACAUUCGGUCCCGGCUGCUGAGCCGCCUGGGGAUCUACGGUUCCAGCCCGCCCGCGGGAGACGCCGGGGGCAAGGCCGCUCAGAUGCAGUUCCAGAAACAGCCCCUGACGGCGGCCCAGCACCGGAGGGUCCGCAUCCUGCGGGGCAUGGGGGUCGGGCACAACGUCUUUUACCAAUCCCCACCAGACGGCUCCGCCACCCGGAGACCCCUCAGCGGGGUGGUCCCGUCGAAGGAGCCCCUCAAGACAGGCAUCUAUUCCGACGACGAGAUCGACGACGAUUCGGACUGCGACGACGAAUCCAUCGUCGUGCCCGACGACUCGGACUGCGACGAAGAGCACGAUCUCCAGCACGAGGAGGGGGACAACGGAAGCCGGACCGGCGUGAGCCGGAGGAGGAGCAGCGCGGGGAGCACUUCGGGCAAGACCAAGACCAAGAUGAGGAGGUCCUCCAGCACCUCCAAGCUCCUCCGCACCAAGCCCACCCGCAUCGCCUUCCAGGACCAGGUGGAGGUCGUGCCCAUCCCCACGCGCCACGAGUACAGCGACCGGAUAAAGUCGCGCAUAUGGUCCAACCGGUACGAGCUACAGGAAAAUGCCGAGCGGAACGCCGUCGAGUUUGCCUCGGAGGGCUGGAACUGGAGGAACGUGACGGAGGACGAGGGGAUGUACAUUUGUUCGGUCAGCGGCGAGCUGGUCCAUCCCGCCUGGGUCGGGGGCCUCCCGACGGUGGACAACAACAACAGUGACAACAACACGCCAGGUAGUGUUGGUACGCAGUCACAACAAACCAACACCCCAGCACCCCCCGCGCCCGGUGGCGAAAACCUCGCGGCACCGGGUGCCCCCGCUGGAGGCAACUGAUGGCAAAAAAGUAGUUUAUGCAAUGGCACACACACCUUGCUUGGGAGAAGCGAUGGGUCCGGCGAACUACGACUGUCGAAACGAGAGCAAUCAGAUUAUCGGUGAUGGCUCCCAUCAAUCGAUAAUGCUGUAUCGCGCAUUCCUCGCUUCCUCCUAGCUUUACUUUUGCGAUCACUCCUUUGCUACCUUCCACUGCAAACUUGCCCACACAAAGACAGAAAGACACACACACACACACACAUAUAUAUGAACACACGCACAAAAAGACCACAAGCGAUCCCAUUGCUCAACACACUUGUAAAUAUACCAAUCCUACACCCGACUGUGAUAUUUUCCACCAUGCAACAGCCUCUAAACAGCAGACCCUUGCUCGGAUGGCAAGCUUGCACGCACGCACAUAGAGAGAUUCACAAAAUACACGCUUCCCGAACUGAAAGGAACCAAAAAAGCAAAUGCCGAGACAAGCACCAACGAAUCGCAAGGAGCACACACACACACACGCACGAACGCACAAUUUCCAACACGCACACCCAACCAAACCAUCUUCGAUCCCCCGACGCAUACACAGAGCGAACCCGACGCUGAGAUUGUGUCCCAUCGAAAUCCAGAGCUAAGUACACGCACACGGGACCAGAAACAAUACACAAAAAUUAACAACUAUGAUGGUACGACACGGGCCCUGUGUACUAAUUCGAAGAUGCUAGAGCCAAAACCUAGGACGGACGAAAUGCUUUCCGAAAUCCGAUAGAUCCACCAUGGUUUGUUCAAUCUACCAAAUAUCUAUAGUUUCAUUAGUAGAGUAAAAAUAUUAUAUCAUC